AGGUUAUUUAGUGACUACUCUUUUAGUUACUUUAGAACUUGUAAUUUGGUUAAUGAUCUUUUGAUUAUAAAAUGUGUUACUUCAAUUUAAUGUUAAAUUUUUUUUUUGAGCUUGUCUUAGCUGCUAAGGUUGAAAUAAUUGCCUACCCACAGAAUGAAGAAACCCGUACCCAAGCUGAGGAAAUCAUCAAUAAUGACAAUACCUCUAAUAACUCGACGAGCAUAAUUGAUAUCUCUCUAGAGGAACUGGGUAAAAAUCCAAAAAGGAAGGUAUCGUAUUUUUUUAUACAAAAUUUACCUAUGCUCUUUUAUUCAUGCUGUAUGAAAUAAUUAUUAUACUUUGUGUACUUUAUUUGCAGCGAUUUUCCGUCACGUCUCAAGAACUAGGAUUAAAUAGAAAACAAAAAAUAACCAACACUUUAUGCGAAAAAAACACAUCUGACAAGGACAGUGUCAUAAUCUUCGAUGAGGGUGCUUUAUCAAAUGGUUUUACUGAACUAAAUACCUCGCAACAAGAUGACCGUCAAUUCCCAUCGACAUCGGGCAUACAAAAUAAUAUAACGAAUAAUGACUUCGAUAGCGAUGACAGUGUUGCUGAUGUUACCUGGAAACCACCCACAAAAACAGCCUAUGUAGCUGAUUCUGACGACGAUGACGCUGACAAUGAAACUGCCAAUGACAAUGAAACGGAACUUGUUAAUAACAGUCUAACUUUAAGAGAAAUUGUCAAUAAAACGACUCAAUCCAAGCCAAGAUCCAGCAAAAAAAUCACUAGAAGUAAGAAAAGAGAUAACAAAACAUGUAGAUACACUGGGCAGGCAUAUCAUUCCUAUGGUAAAGACCGUCCGGCGAGGCAAAUGAAAGAACUGAGCAUUUGUAGAUAUAAUUGUAGAAGAAAAAUAUCGGAGCAUCAUUUGCCAGGUCCUAAAUAA